AUGAGGAGCAAACCCCAGGCCCGGUUCCUCCGCGAGUGCCAGGAGCGGCUGCGGCACGCGCUGCCCCUCGGUGCCUACCUGCUCAAGCCUGUCCAGAGGAUCCUCAAGUACCAUCUGCUGCUCCAGGAAAUCGCCAAACACUUUGAGCACAAGUCGGGGGACGACUACGAGGUGGUGCUGGAGGCCAUCGACACCAUGACCUGCGUCGCCUGGUACAUCAACGACAUGAAGCGCAAACACGAGCACGCCAUCCGGCAGCAGGAGAUCCAGUCACUGCUGCUGGGCUGGAAGGGGCCGGAUCUGACCAGUUACGGGGAACUGGUGCUGGAGGGGACGUUCCGGGCGCAGCGAGCGCGCCAUGAGCGCGCCGUCUUCCUCUUCGACAAGACCCUCCUCAUCACCAAACGCCGCGGUGACCACUACGUCUACAAGAGCCACAUCCCG